AUGAAUGAAGAAAAUAUAUAUCUAGAAAAUACAGUAACAAAGUACGGAGAUAUGGAAAAAAUAAAAAUUGCUCCUUUAUGUUAUAAAUGUAAAAAAAAUUAUGCCGUAGUUUUUACAAGAGAAAAAUCAUGUAAAGAGUGUUUUUUACAGUUAGUUGAAUAUAACUUUAAAAAUACAUUAAGGGAAAAAUGUUUAUUUAAAAGUAAAACAAAAUUUAAUCAAUCUAAUAAACGACAUGUAAUACAAAAUAAUGUAAAAGAGAAAGAGGAAUUGAAUACACAAAAUGAAAAAAGGUUUAUAAAUGAACAAGGGGAUAAUAAAAAUAAGAAACCUGUUGUUAUAAAUAAUAACUCUGAUAUUGUAAGUAGCCAUUUAGAUACCCUAGGAAAAAAUAGCACAGACUCAAAAAAGUUUAUUCCUAAUAAUAUGGAAAAAAAUUCCGUAGGUGAAAAAAUAUUCAAUGAUUUUAAUAUCUGCAAAGAAAAGAAAAAAAGAACAUCCGUUGCUUUUUCUGGAGGUAUAUAUUCAUCAUUCCUUUUGUAUGCAUUUGUAAAAUAUUUAAAAAAUGUCAAGAAUAGACAAAGUGAUUCAUAUAUAAGCAAUGAACAUGCGAUUUUUAAUGAAAUAAUUUUCGUAGAUAUAUACGAUGAUAUCAAUUAUAUAUAUAAAUUAAUAAAUAUUAUUACGAAUAUAUUUAAUAUGUUAGAUGUGGAACAAAAUAAAUCAAACAUAAAUAUUAAUAAAAUUGAUAUAAAGAAUGAAAAUGAAAACACAAUAAUAAAGCCUAAAGAAAACAUAUGUUUUGUUAAUGGUGUAUACAAAAAACAAAUAAACAAAAUACAUUUUGUAGUAAUAAAAAAUAACUAUUUUAUUAAUGAUAUAUAUAAAGAUGCUUUUAUAUUAAAUUAUCAUAAUUUAAAAACAAAACAAAAUAAUUAUUAUAUUCAAUAUAUAAAUGAAUUAAUUAUAUAUAAUAAUAUAUUUACAUAUUGUCAUAAUGAAAAUAUUCAUUAUGUUCUUAUUGGUGAUAAUGCAAAUAAUAUAGCAAAUAAAACUUUUUUAUAUACAAUCUAUGGAUAUGGUAUUAACAUACCUACACAUACAUCCUAUAUAGAUUUCAGACAUAAUGAUAUAUUAUUUAUUAGACCUUUAAAAGAUUUAUUAAGUAAAGAAAUAUAUAUAUAUUCUUAUUAUAAAAAUAUAGAAUAUUUAAAUAAUAAUAUUUCUAAUAAUAACAUAUUAUAUAAAACAGUAAAUGAUAUGUUAUUAAAUCUGGAUAACAAUAAUUAUAACGUUACUUCUAUAAUUAAUAAUACUACAAAUAAUUUAAUUAAUGUAAUGCAUAUAUUUAAUACAUGCCAGUAUAAUAUAAAUAAUACUAAUAAUAAAAAGCAAGAUUAUAAUCAAGUUACACAAUUGUUAUCAUCAGAUGAAUAUUCAAACAAAAAUUAUAAUAAUUCAAAUAUCUCUUGUAAUAUCACAAAAAAUAUGUGCUUAAUUUGUUACGGUAAUAAGGAGAAUAUGGAACAAAAAAAAUUAAUUAUAAAAUUGAAUAAAGUACAAUUAGAUAAUAGUAAAAGUAUGAAAUAUAAAGACUUCAUAUGUUCGACAUGUUUAUGUAUCUUUUCAUCAAAUAACCAUUUCGUAAAACUAUAUAACUGUUUUUUUUAA